AUGGCCGACUCCGGCGGCCCGCUCAAGUCGAGCAACGGCUCCUCCCACGUUGCCAAUGGCAAGCCGCACCGGAAGCCCGUCGUCAGAACGACCUCCACCAAGCAACGCCGUGGCUUCUUCGCCUGGGCCUUUAGCCUUGCCGCAAGACUCGCCAUCUGGUCCGCCAUCUUCACCGUCCUCUUCCGCUGUCCCUCCUCGAUCGAUGCCUGCGACGACAAGUCCCCCUUCAUUUGCGAACACUAUUUCCGGGCCAAGGAUGCCGUGUCACCCCAUCUCCAGCCGUACUAUGAUCAGUAUGCCGCGCCCUACGUCAAUGUUGCUAGACCAUACUACGACGCGGUGAACACCCGAGUCCUCACCCCGACGCGAGCCUAUGCUGUCCACUACGGUGCUCCCUGGGUCCAGCGAGGUCAGGACUAUGCCUGGUCCCAAUGGCAGCUCAACGGCCAGCCUCGCCUGGCUCGUAUGCAAACCGUGGUCAAGGACAAGUACGACCAAUCCGUUGCGCCUCAUCUGGCCAAGGUCGGCGAGACUGUCGAGCCUUACUACCAGAUUGCGCGCACAAACUCCCUACAACUCUUCUACGAGCACCUCCUGCCCGGCUACGAGCUUGUCCGCCCUUAUGCGGCGCGAAGCUACCAUGUCGCUUCGGACUUUGCCGUCAACACGGCUCUCCCCAUCACUCAUUGGGCUUGGGACAGGAGCAACGUCUUCCUGGAAACCACCGUCUGGCCCCAGCUGCGACUUGUUUACGUCGAAAACGUCGAGCCCCAAUUGGUGCGCAUAGGCGAGCGUCUUGGACGGUAUAAGAACAAGGCCAAGUCCAAGGUCCUCCCAAGGCAGCCCUCCAAGGCUGGUACCAGCACCGAGUCUUUUCACUCGUCUUUCAGCAAGCCGACGCCCCAAAGUUCGACUCCCGAACCCACGAGAGCCCAAGGAGAUGCCGUGACCGUUGCCACCAAACAAGCAGAUCCUCAAGGGUCCGCUGGGAAGCUCCAGUACCCCGUUGGUGCGCCUCCGAAAGAGAACGAGACGGACGAGGACCGAACAGUCCGCGAAAUGGUUGCCCAUGAUCUGCAAUCCUGGCAAGAAAAGAUUGCGACACAGGCCAAGGAGGGAGCCACCGAGAAUGAAGAACGCACCGACGCCAUUGCCCGCCGAUUUAUCCAAGAAAAGGUUGAGGUGAUUGGGAGACAACUCAUCGAGCAGCUCAACGUCACUGUCCAAUCCGAACUUGCCGACGUCAAGCACAAGGUAGUGUCCAUCGCAAAGGAUCCAUCUGAGGACGCCGAGGACAAGGCUGUUGGUGCUGUUAGAUCCGCUGGUCUGGCUAUCAAGGGCAAAGCUCAGGCGGUUCGAGAAUGGCAUGAGGAGUAUCUCGCCGAGCUUCAGAAAACCGUCCUCGACGCCGCCAACGAGUUCUUUGUCAUUCUCGCCGAGACGCAGAGCCUUGCCCUGCAGAAGAUUGGCAUGAAAUGGGCCUGGAUCGACGGCAUCACGUAUCGGGACUGGGCCAAGUAUCACGAAUUGAGAGCAACGCUUUCGCAGUGGACAGACGAGCUUAAGGAACUGAUUACCGGCCAUCCUACAUUGCUUGAGGCGCAGGGAGCCUCGGCUCAGAUCGAGAACGAGGCCAUGGAAAUCGCUUCUGCCGCCGCCAAAGAGCUUGCCCGUUUGAAACAAGUGGCGGUCUGGAAGAUUCGUGCCGGCGAUUCCACCGACAACUUUGACUCAGACGCGAUGAGGCUGGCCGCCGAGGCCGCACAAGAAGCCGGACGGGUCAAGGCAACGGUGGCCGAAGCUGGCGAAGAAGUGCUUUCAACGGCCAAAGGUAUCGCUGAGGAAGGCACUUCGACGGCUAAGGUGAUUCCCAGCGCGGUUGUAGGAGGUGCCUCGAAGGCGGCAUCAUCCCUCUCAGAGGCAGCCAUAGGCUCUACCAGCAAUCCUAACCAAGCACCGCCUCGCAAGUCUGCCAGAAGCGUCCAGGAUGGGGAUGCAGCCUCGGAAAACGAGCCCCAUACGGCUGCGGCUCCGGGCCCUGCCGACGCGGCUGAGAACAUUCUCCGCGGAACACCACUAGAUGCUGUUUCGUCCGAGACGGGGGACGCAGCGACUUCGGCCGUCGCAGAGGCCCCCGAGGCCAAUGGAGAAAACUUGAAAGACACCGAAGAGGACGCGAGAAUCGCGGCGGACAUGCGCCGGGAAAGUGGCAGCCCUCCCGUGCACGGCGCCAUGUUCGGUGCCGCCGCCCAGGCUGUUUCUGAUCGUGGUCCCAUCUUGGACGAAAGCCCAGACCCCGACAGAUACGGGAGCGCCACGGCCGCCGCCCAAGCUGCCUACACUAGCGCCCUGUCGGCGGCGUCGGCGCAGUACUCGAGCGCGCUUUCUGUUGUUUCUGCGCAGGUUUACGGCACGCCCAAGCCUGUUCACGAACAGCUCUUUUCUUCCGUCUCCACUGCGUACGAUAAUGCUGUUGGUGCGGCCGGCCAAAGGCUCAAUGAUGCCGUGAGCGCCGCCUCAAAAGGGGUCUAUGGAGAGCCAACCCCGACAAGCAAAUCCGGGGCCCCUGGCUGGCAAAAAGUCGAGUCGAUGGCUGCACAGCGACUGAGCGAGGGUCGGCUGUGGGCCGAAAUCCAGUAUCAGAGUGCCUUGCUUGCCCUGGGAGUGGUAACGUCGACACCGACGCCGACACCGUCAAACGCGGCCGAGAAACUGGUUGAGCAAGCCAAGUUCAACUACUACGCUGGCCUCGGCAUGGCGCAGGACCGUUACAUGAGCUUCCUGUCGGGCGCCUCGUCGGCCUGGUCAUUGAUGACGGCGACCCCAACCCCGACGGAUCUUGUCGGCUCCGCGUCGUCCGUGGCUUCGGCAGCUGGCAAGUCGGCCACGUCAGCUGCCCAGGCGGCCGGGUCGGCGGCGCAAUCGGCGUACUCGGCGGCGACAGAGGGCGUGGUCUCGGCAGCGAAUGCCGUGGAGGACUCUUUUUCGGCCGUGGCGGAUGCUGCCGGCGAACAAGUGUAUCUGGCCGGAUCCGCCCUCGCCGGGACGUGGGACAAGGUGGUCUCGGAGCUGAGCGCCCAGGUGUACGCCGAGCCUAGCGCGAUUGGGUGGUACGACGAGCUGGCCGCCAACGUUGGCUCCUAUGCAUCGGCGGCCACCAAGACUGCUGCCGAUGCCCAGCAAUACGAGGCCAUGAGCGAGAUGGUGUCGGAGCUGGUGAGCGGUAGGGAACCAGCCUUUAGUGAGAGCGUGCUGUCUCGGUUCGGCGUCAUCUACGCCACGGCGUCGGCGAGCGUGGGAAGUAUGGCGAGCGAGGCCAGCGCGGCGGCGUCAUCGCUAGGAGACAAGGUCGGCAGCGUCGCCAGCAAGGCCACGGAUGCGGUCAAGGAGGGUGUUGGGCGUGCCAAGGACGAGCUGUGA